AUGUCAUCGUCGUCCUGCUCGGCGGCUGGCACUCUGACUGGCUUCUCGUUUAUCUUCGAUUCCAGACCCGGCGUCGGGCAUGGCAAGGCCCCGAAAAGGACCAACUCUUUGGGAUGGGCAGCCACAGAUUGUCACACCUGCCAGUCCAAUCGACGCCAAUGCGACCGUAGACGACCACGAUGCGACACAUGCACCCAUUCUGGCGUUAUUUGUGGUGGGUUCUCACAGCGACUUGACUGGCAACCGGGUAUCGCAAGUCGGGGCAAAUGGUCUGGGAAGACGUUCCCAUCUCGUGCCGAUGGAAGCUCGAACAGAGACAGAGCCAAGCUGCGUUGCGUGAAGAGUUUUACUUUCGUACAGGGCAGUCGCCGGAAGCGCAGGAUGACUAUCGGCGCUGACAGUAAUGGCAAAGAUUCAUUGAAGAGUCCCCAAUCGACUCUCGUCAACCAAGCUCACUGUCUUACAGCCCACGAAGAGGAAUCCGCCGAUGUCGUUGUGGCACCUCACGUUGGACGCCUGAUGAACAACCCUUUUCAACUUUCGUCCCGUGUUUUGGAGAUGUUGGAUUUCUACCGGUGGAAAUUUGCCAUUGUCACGUUGACCUAUCAUGUCCAGAUAAAUCCAUGGCAAAUGUGUCUUCCCAUGGCCUUCGACAAUCCCUGCUUGAUGGACACGAUCAUGGCGCUGGGACUGAGAUACCGUGCGCGCAUCUCCAAAGAGGCCGAAGACUUGCAAGUCCUUGAACUGAAAGAGCGGGCAUUGAGUUCUUUUCGUGCCAACCUAGAGACCGCCGGCCCAACGGUUCUCAUCGGUACCAUUUUGGCGCUUGUGGGAUUAGAUUACGCGGAAAGCGGAUACUCGGAUUGGUCCGUCCACUUCCAAGGGGCUCACAGCGUCAUUCGAGCCGCCGGAGGAAUUGGGAUUGCCGAGCAAGACUCAGCCCUUCAGACCCAGAUAGCCAUGCUGGUAUGGUAUGAUGUGACGAGCUCUCUCAUCUCUCGCAGAGGGCCAAUAUUUCCACGACAAUACGUCGAAGCGCUCACGGCUUGGCGGAUGCACUCAAAUUGGACCUUACUCGCUUUGAAUGGGUUUCCAGAUGAGCUGUUUGGCGCAAUAUACGAUCUCGCCUCAAAAGCGUCGCGUGGCUGCGACGCAGAAGAGGUUUCUGAGCUCGAAAGACAUCUAUCGACCGUCCAAUUUGACGCACCGAACGGGGAGAUUCUUUUCCUACUUAAUUGCUGGCGGCUAGCAUUGCUUCUUUACUGUGAAAGAGCUAUAAUGACACAAAUCCCCUGCCCUGACCAGGUUCUAGAUGGGGUCGGACUCGACGACAGAGGUACGGUGCCUUCUUUCCAGCACGCUUCCCGUGGGUCGCCGCGGUCGACCGAUUUGUGCUCUAUUUCACCAGCUCGUGAAGAGCGCCGCAAGUUCCUCGCGGAGGAGAUCAUCUGGCUUGUGAGAGAGCUUCCGCCUGAUUCCGCUGUUCAAAAACAGUGUCUCAUCCCAGUGACUUUGGCAGCCUGUGAGAUUGGCCCCGACAUUGAGCAACUCCCCUUUCGCAUCAUGGCCGAGGAAUACUGUCGUCGGUGGAGCGAUCUCUCUGGUCUUCGAGCCUUUGACGCGGCGCUCGGUAUAAUGGAAAUGGUAUGGCAGCUCGUCGACAAAGGGCUUGCUAUUCAGAAUGUCUGGUGGGGAGAACUUCUCCACUCGGCGACUCGAUCGCCAGCAGCCACAGAGUUGACACAUGGCGCUGUAUCCGAAGAAAGGAUUCACAACCUCUCAAGAGAGUGCCUCCUGGGCUGA